AUGGCGGACAAACGUUCAAAUGCAGAGACUGUCCUUGAGCAGCUGAAGAAUGGAAUUGCUCAGUUCGAGCUCGUCUCCUCCCCCGUUCUCUCAAUUUCAACUUCAAAUUUUCAGGCGAACCCAACGGUGUUGUUCGGAGACUACAGCCACCGGUUCUUUGCUAGAAUUGGACCGUCACUAGGCAGAGGAUCGUCGGCCACGAAGAAAGUUGAACGCUAUUCGGUUCAGAAAGUUACUGGCGAUGGACGUUGUCUAUUUCGUGCACUGGUCAAAGGAAUGGCCUUCAAUAAAGGAUUUUCUCUUAGCCCAAGGGAGGAGAAAAAUGAUGCAGACGAACUACGGAUGGCUGUGAAAGAGAUUAUAUGUGAAGAUGAGGAAGAACGCCCCAAGUAUGAAGCGGCUCUGGUGGCAAUUACUGUUGACGAAUCCUUAAAACGUUACUGCCAGCGCAUCACAAGACCUGAUUUCUGGGGAGGAGAGUCGGAGCUGCUGGUGCUGUCAAAGUUGUGUGGGCAGCCAAUCACUGUUUACAUACCAGAGCAUGAGCAUACAAAUGGUGGGAGGAGUUCUGGUUUCAUUCCCAUUGCAGAAUACGGAACCGAGUUUGGUAAAGGUUCUAGAAACAGAAAACCCAGGAAGGUUGUAAGGCUCUUGUACAGUGGCAGCAACCACUAUGAUCUGCUUGUCUGA